AUGGCCGUUGUGUCUCUCUGGCUAAUGGUCAAUUUCACCUACCAGUUUCUGAGGAAGAAGUUUUAUAUUUUCAGCCAGUUCAUGUAUGAUGAACACAUUAAGUCUCGCCUAAUCAAAGACAUUCGAUUCUUUAAGGAGACAAAGGACCAAAAUGAUCAAAAGUAUCCUUUUGACCGUGCAGACAAGUUUAAUCGCGGCAUCAGAAAACUUGGACUAACUCCAGAGGGACAGAGUUAUCUUGACCAGUUCAGGCAGCUUAUUAGCCAAAUAGGAAAUGCAAUGGGCUACGUUCGGAUGAUUCGAUCUGGUGGACUACAUUGCUGUAGUAAUGCAAUAAGAUUUGUUCCAGACUUGGAAGAUAUUGUGAACUUUGAGGAACUUGUAAAAGAAGAAGGACUUUCAGAGGAAACUCAAACAGCUGCCAGACAGCUAGAUUCUGUCCUUACUGAUCUCACUCGAAACUCUGCUGAGGGGACUGAAUACUUCAAGAUGCUGGUAGAGGUUUUUUCUCCUGAAUUCCGCAGUUCUAAGAAUAUGCACCUGCGAAACUUCUACAUCAUUGUGCCACCACUGACAUUAAACUUUGUUGACCAUUCAAUAAGUUGUAAGGAGAAGUUGAAUAAGAAGAAUAAAGUUGGAGCUGCCUUUACCGAUGAUGGCUUUGCAAUGGGUGUAGCCUACAUUCUGAAACUGUUGGAUCAGUAUCAGGAAUUUGACUCGUUACACUGGUUUCAGUCAGUGAGAGAAAAAUAUCUUAAAGAAAAGAAUGCUGUUGUCAAACAGCAAAAUGUCCAAUCAACUAAUCAGGAUGAAAAGCUCAUGCAAACAAUGAAUUUAACCCAGAAAAGGUUGGACAUCUAUUUACAGGAAUUUGAGCUGCUGUAUUUCUCACUGAGCAGUGCCAGGAUUUUCUUCCGAGGAGACCAGUCUGCAGCAGAAGAAACUCAAGACAGAAAAGAGAGAGAAGAUGAAACAGCCAAAUCAAACAGUGAUGACUCCUGAAAGAAGUUGUCAAGGUGCCACAUUCAAAGAAACCUAUUACCAUCUGAAGGCAUAUUUCUCUCUAUCUGAUCCAUAUUCCCUUCCACACACUUUUGCUUGCAGUUUGUUUUAGAGUUGCUUUUGUAGUAUUCUUUGUGGCUUGUUUUUUUUGUGCUGGCAACUUUUCGUUUCUUAUCCAGUCACAGAACUUGAAAGUGCUCACUAGUUUCCUAUCUGACUUCUGUAGGAGAAAGAAGAAAACAGAUCCUAUGGCUGAUUCGUUUUUGAUUUUGGUUUAUUGCAACAGAAAACUAGGGUCCAAAUUUAAUUGAAUGGCAUUAUGCUUAUGCAGUGGCAUAUCAAAGCUCUAAUUAUAAUUGCUUUGACCAAAAGUAUGCUUUGCAGAAUAAAGGAAGCUAAUGCUCCAAAUUAUAAUAUGGUUUUAGGACAGUGGUAUCUUACAAUUGUACAAAUUGUAAUUCCUGCAGUCCUUGAUCCAGUUAGGGAAUGAUCCAAUGGAUCGGGGACAGGGAUAAAAAGAUGAUUAAACUCACUCUUUCUAUUAGAAAUGGGAUCUGGUUUCAGAAUGAUUAUAAAGCUUUCCUGAGCAAAACUGGUCUUUUUUUUAAUUACUGGUUUUCUGUAGUAUUGUGCUGCCCCAAUGUUUGUCUUAACUCCGUAGGCACCUAAACAGUUCCAUUCAAGCUAUUGCUCUGAUGAUGUAACAGCAGCAGUGCCCCCUGUCACCCUAACACAGAUGAAAUCUUCCCUUUAAAAGCAUCUAAUUCUACAAAUAUGCAAAUGUAAAUAUUUAUAUAUUUUAGAAAUACCAAACAGUGCUAAUAGGAAUUCUUAUUUGAAUUAAUCAUAGCUCAUUUAAAAAGAGAUGAGUUUGAUAAAGUAUCUCUUAAGUUGCACUUACAGUAGGUUUUGUCAAAUACUUUAAGUAGAUUUUUAAUCACAAACUACCAGGUACAAAAUGUAACUUUGUGAUCUUUGCCAGUUCAUAAGCAUUAAGUUUAUAAUACUCAGGAAUAUUGGACCAACAAAUGUUUGUUGUUUCAAAUAUGGUUUGCUACUUCAAAACAAUAAAAGAGCAUCAAAAUGUGA